UCGAGAUGAUGUUUACGUUUACUACGCCGAGUAAACAUAAGCAGCAAACAAAAAAUCACUUGCAACGAAGUCGUCCGCGUUCCAAAACUCCUGUGAAUUCUUAACUUUUAAUAACCUUUGGCAAGCUUGAUCGCGAAUUUCAUUCGCCGAAAACAUGACGGGAUUAAUGUUGGAUAUGGACGAUCUCCUGUCAGAUCUUCACUCGCUCAAGAUUUCAGCACUGAGCAAUGCGGCGCGAAUUUCCCCUCAGGUUCGUGGUCGGACAAUUGGCCCCGGAUGUCCACGGUCCAGUCCGGAAAAGCACGAAUGGAUUGAGUCGAGUAACGUUUUGAGUGAAUGCAAUCGGAAUCUCGAAGGGGACACAAAAUUGGCUCCGAAUCUGAAGGUAACGAUUUCGAAUCGAACCGAUGGAAGUACGCCAAAUUCCCGGAAGGUGGAUAUCAGCGAAUGUAAGGCCGUUUCGUUCCAAAUGUACAGCCAGGAGCUGGAACGGAAACGGGUGAAGGAUAUGAAGAAGGAACUGGAACGGAGACAAGCCAGGAUGCGGGAGGCGGAUCGAUUGCGGGAUUUGCAGCACGAGGAGAGGAUGAAAAAGGCUGAAGCGGAAGCGGCGCGAAAAGCCCAAGAGGGGGAACAGAAGCUGAUGGAAGCGAUCCGAGAGCAAGAACGUAUUUCCAGAGAGUUUGAAGAGAAGCGAAAGGCGGAAAUUGACGAAGAGAACCGACGACUGGCUGAAGUUUCCCAGCAGUUGAAGCGGAAAGAGGAGGAAGUCAGAAAGAAGCAUGCCAUGUUCGAUGCAAUCCGGUCCAGCCAGGUCAACUUCCGAAAGCUGACGGAUGUCUUCACAAAGACGCUGAUGGGAAUCGAUAAAGAAUACUCGGUUCAGUUCAACGCUCAGAAAAAGACGGUUCAGGGUUUGGUGAAAUCCUUCGAGCAGCUGCUUCACAAUGUCAACGCCGCCAGAGAAGUUACCCAGCAGGAAGUGGACAAGGCGGCCGAGCUGUGCAAAUCGAUGGACCAGACCAACGCGGAAGUGGUAGAGAUAAUGAAUCGCAUCCAGAAGGAAAUCGCCGAUCGUUUACAGAAGGAAGAACAGCAGAAACAACAAGAGCAGCAAAAAGUGGCCGAAGUGGCGCCAGUUCCUGCCCAAGAUACGACCGACACCACUCAAGUUAAACCGGUCACUCAAUCAGCAGCACCAAUCCAAUCGGAUCCCCUGGCCGCUUUUGCAUCGCAGGAGAGUCGAGCGUUUUACCGGGAAAUCAAGACCUUUUACGAGCAGCACCAAACUGCGGUCAAAGCUCUGCUGGAUGAUCCUUCGAUGAAGACCUAUCGGUUCAAUUGCUCCAAGGUGAUCAACACUCCCGUCAAUACUAUUUCCGCCGUCAGCCGGGAGCACUUCGUGGACAAGUUCAACAAGUUGGACGCUUUUCUGUCGGGCCAGCCGGCCAAAACGGGCGAUGUUUCCGUUUCGAUCAAUGGGCAUCCGCUGGGAAGGACCUACUGUAUGAUGCUGAUGGCCAAGAAGUUUGUUGGCCAUGCCGAUUCUAUGAUCAGUAGUAACGCCCCCGCAGCGUUCCCCUUCGCGGCCAUCAUCGUUGCGCUGUGGCAAAAGUACCCAGAGUUCGGAAAGUUCUUCCUUGCCUAUCUGCACAAGGAGUGUCCCUAUCUGGUUCCUUUCUUUUUGCCCCAACUCGAAGGUCAAACCCAGGAAGACUACCUCAAAUCCAUCGGCUACCGGUUCACGGACAAUGUACUGGAAAAGCAAGACCAGUAUCUGAAGAGAGUGACCGGAUUCGCGCGGUUGUACGCGGCCGUUGUGGUUACCAAUCCGAGACGUGGCGAAACGGCUGCACAUCCGCACGGAUUGGAGUGUGGCUGGCGCUGGCUGUGUAACAUUCUGAACCUAAGCCCUCUGCCGGAUAUCUGUGCCACGGUUAUCACGGAAUUCCUACAGACGGCCGGUGCCUCGCUUUGGGCCAACUACGGCAAACAGUUCGUCAAGGUGCUCAAGGUGAUGCAGGAACAGUACUUGCCGGCGCUGAACAAGGUAGACGAAGGAGGCCCCAAGGCUCGGCUGGAAGGACUGAUUGCCAAAAUCACAGCCGAAGGAAAGAUCGAUCGGCCGGAAGGGAUGCUAAGUCCGGACUUUUGGUGAUAAUUCGUUGGUAAGAAUUCUGUAUAUUGUGCGCGCGUUAUAUGACUAGCUUAUUUAUUCGUUGGAUGCGAAUCAUACAUGUAACUAAAAGCUAAGAAUGGUCCUUUCUUUUUUUGGAGCGAAAAUUACAUUAUUAUAAACAUAUUAAUAAA